GGCUUGCGUCUGAGUCCUGGCACCAGUCUGCUCCUUGUGAAAGGUGGAGAGAUUUUCACCAUCACACUCUCUGACUGUCACAUCCACGUAAAAACACUCAGCGCGACUAACGGGACGCAUCCAAACGUAACAGGACUAUGGACCUGAGCCUGCGAGAUGCACUGGGUGGAGGUGGACACGGGGUGCCGGGCGGCGCCCCCGCUGACGCCCUGCUGAAGAGAGACUUCGUGGCCUCGCUGGAGAAAGAGAGCUUUGAUGACAAGGUGGGAGAGAGCAUCUCCAAGAGCGACUACCGACCCUUACUGGAUGGAAAGGACAUGAAGGGCGGACCAGGAAUGAUGUCAUCAGUGAUGUCAUCUGGGGGACGCCAGGAUCCGCCAGGACAGCCGGCCUUCAGCUCUGACUACCUGUCUGGUCCCAUGAUGGGUGGAAAGACCGACCAGUGGAGCCCAAACAAGGCAAAAGACAGCAGCAUGCCCGACUCAUUCCUAGGCUUUUCCCAGUCUGGGAUUGGAGGGACCAUGGGGACUGGACUGCCACCAUUCCAGACCACUAUGGGCUCCACUAUUGGCCAGACUGGGAUGGGUUCAUCUGUGGAAACCCAGAAGAGUUCCAGCCUGUUUGGUAUGGAAAACAAAAACACCACUAACACCAGCGGGAGCAGCCCCUUUAAAAGCAGCGAGCCGUUUUCUUCUGGUGGUCAGGGGAUCCUCUCCAUGGAUCACUCCACAGCUCCCGUCCUUUCUCCCAGUGGCUCAAUGGACGACAGCAGUCCCUCCUCCUCUACCUCUGAACCCCUCAGCCCUGAGAGGGUUGGGCCAGGGGGCGAGGCCGGCAAGCAGCAGCAGAGACGGAAGAAGAAGAAGAGGAAGAGCCACAGUGAGGUCCAUGCCUUCUCAGAGAAUAAUGUCGACCAGUCAGAUAAGCUUGGGAUGCAGGAUAAGAGCCGACAGGAGGAGGACGAGGACGAGGACGAAAACUGGGAGUGGGAGAUCAGAGAGAGUGGAGGAGGGGGUAGAGUGAAAGGCAAGAAGACUAAGAGUCGGGCUAGACUUCCAGAAGAGUGGGGGGCUCCUCAACAGCCCACCUCCCCAACCCUGGCUUCAGUCGCCCCUGACUGGGCUGCACCUGCCGACUCUGACUCCAAAACCUCAAACCUGAGCCCCAGCCCUGUUUUGCCCUCUGCCCAAUCACAAAUACCCACAAGUUUCACCAACCGCUCCCCAGCUAGCCUUGGAUCUGAUUCGUCACCGCGCUCCUAUGAACCCAUGUGUGUAGAUGAUUUCCCCGCACCAGCUAAAGAUGGUCCAAAAGCAAACGAAGAGAAGGUUCUGCCCAGUAAACCUGAACCCGACCGUAGCGCGGCUGCUACUGCUGCAGCUAAGAGUAGUUUGGCUGGAGAUGCUAGCAGUAGUCUCGCGUUAAUUACAGGAGACAACCUGAGCCCUGUCUCUCAGACCUUCUCUUUCCUGGAUUCAGUUCUCCAGACUCCUCCAGGCUCCACUCCCGACUCACAGACCAACACUCCAAUCACCAACACCCCGUCCCUCGCCACUGCUCCCUUGACAAAGACCACCCCGACAGAAACCACACCCCCUUCCAAGAGCACUCCAGACCACCCUCCCACUUCUGCUUUGCCCACCCACCCCUCACCCUUAGCUGCUGCAGACAUCCCCCCUCCAAAAAUGGCAGUUGGGUCAGUUCUCAACGUUGAUGCCAAACCUUUCGUCCCCUCAGCCGCCCUUAUGUCCUCCAUGGCUGCAGCUGCUCCAGGUGUGAGUACAGCAGCAGCCUCCAUGGGAAACAUAACCGCCACCGCCACCGCCGCGCCCCUUAGCUCCUCAGCUCCACCCUGUAAGAAUGAAGCCCCCACACCACCCAAGGACACCCCCAUCCAAAGUGUAGCUGCACCAAUUAGCUCGACGACACCCGCUCCCCCUCCCUCCAUCACCCCAGCAGCCCCUCCCUCUCUCCCUGCACACUCAGAGCACCAGGAGUCCUCGUCGCCACAGCUCCCCCCACUGGAAGUGAAAUCUGACAACAAGGACAAGCAAGAGAAGAUGGACGUCACGUCCAGCAAGACAGACAAGAUUGACACUUUUGAGAAAAAAGAGAAAGAGGAACAGCAGAAGAAGGACAACGGCCCUGACAAAAACCAGAAGUCUGAGAAGAUCGUCAAAGAUGACGAGAAGAUGGAGAAGAUGAAUGCGGAGAAAAACAACAAGGCCAAUGAGAAGGCAGAGAAGGUGGACAAGCCGGAGAAGACCAACAAAGACGAGAAGAAGGAAGAGGAGAAGAAGCCGGCCGAGAAGAAGGAGGAGAAAGGAGGGAAAGGGACGGCCAAGUCCCCAACAGGAAACAAAACCCUGCCGAGUUCUGACAGCAAGAGCAAGCCCGACGCGGUUUCAUCUAAACCAAACUCAGCCAGUUCCCGCCCAUCCACCCUCUCCACCAAUGGCGAGGCCACCUCAGCCAAACGCCCCUCCCCCACCACAGCCAAUAAAAAAAGCCCCAAGGCGACCACGCCCACUGCUGCCAAGCGGCCACCAACUGGCUCUGCCAAGGCUGCUAAGACUCCAGAAAACGGUACAGCUGAGAAACGCCCACCUGUGCCAAAGGCCACGCCCACACCCCGUCCAUCUGCCAAUAAGAACGGCUCCUCUGCAAAUGCUGCAAGUAAAGCUACCGCGAGCAAGAAUGAGAAGAAUGAGAGCAAGACAGGAGAAGCCAAGAAACCCAAGACUACAGCCCGUCCUCGCCCGGCCUCCACCGCCACUCCUGCUUCUCAGGCCGCCUCGACCAACGGUGAGACCACUCACCGCCGCAGGGUCAUCACCAAACCCCCUGUGCCCAAGCAGACCCCCAUGGAAAAGAAGCCGGCGGUGCCCCGCGCUCCUCGAACCCCCCGGCCUAUCAACGCCCCAACACCUGACCUGAAGAACGUCCGCUCCAAGAUAGGAUCCAUCGACAACAUCAAGUACCAGCCAGGCGGAGGAAAGGUCUCCUCCACCCCGAACAACAAGACAUCAGACCCCUCCAACCCUGCCGCCAAGGCCAGAGUUCAGAUAGUGCACAAAAAGCUGGACUUCAGCCAUGUCACGUCUCGCUGUGGCUCCAAGGACAAUAUCAAACAUGUCCCUGGAGGUGGCAAUGUGCAGAUCCUGAAUAAGAAGAUUGAUCUGAGCAAGGUGACGUCCAAAUGUGGUUCGAAGGACAACAUCAAACAUAAGCCAGGUGGAGGUGAUGUGAAGAUUGAGUCCCAUAAGCUAAACAUUAAAGCUAAGUCAAAGGUUGGAUCCCUGGACAAUGUUGGACAAGGCAACGGACAGACCAACGGUCAUAAGGAGGAGAAAACAGACGAGAAGUCAUCUUCACCCCCCAGCGGCGCUCCGACAACAGGACCAGCAGGCGUUGCCAAGGCAACAGCACCAGGAGGUGUUGCUAAGGAGAACGGGGUGAAGGAGUCUUCAACUAAUCCUUUUGGGGGAGACGGACUGAGGGAGCCACUUAGCAUAGACAAACGCAUCACUGAGACAAAUUGAGUCUCAGUGACAUGUCAACUUUGGUGGGACCGGCACGACGCUGUCGACCUGCCAAUCAACUGACCGACCAACCUACCACGGCGCAGUCACUUUCCUCUGGCCCCGCCCCUCAUCUCGCCCACCGCAGCACCGAACUGACCGAUCGCCUCUCAGUGUUUCUCUGGGGUCCACCUACCAGCUUCCUGCUACCAACCCUGACCUUUGACCUCUAGAUGCUAUUGGGUUAACCAGUGGCUCCGCCCACAUCAGAGAAGAGAAAAGCACUCUGUGUUUGUCCGUGUUUCUCUGUGCAGGGUUCCAGCCGCUACUCCACUCAUUGAGUCUCUGACAGCUCUGAUGGGCCUCCGCUUAGACACAAAAGUCUCUAAAAUAACAACAGAUGUUCUGGAUUAUUCUAGGAAAGCUGCUUUUUUAGGGACUAGUUACCAUAGGUAUUCUCCUGCAACAUCCUGCCUCAGAUCUCAGGCUAAUAUUUUGUCCUGUUUCCCCGCACUCACACGUUAAAACCACUCCAAUCAUCCAGCCUUUUUAGUAAACUCAUGCUAACACUACUGUUUACUUUCAUAAUAAUAAAUUUAUCCAACUAGGGGGCUUCAACCAGACAGCUUAAUACCAACAUAUUCCAGCCUUACAGACAGACAGAAGUUCCUCCUAUGCUCUACAGCUUUACGACUCACUCACUCUCUCAUUGAACUAGUUUUUGAACCUUAAAUGUGUUACAAUCAUGCAACCGUGCAUAAAAAUCAGUACUUUCUACUGAAACUCACAGCCUAUGACAAAGCAAAACCCUUAAAGUCAAGAGUCAAUGAUGUUAUAAGCACAUGAUAAUCAUGAAGAAAGGCGGAGGUUGGGCGAUGGGGGAGCUCUGCCGCAAAAACAAUCCGACACUGAUUAAAGGUUUGAUGCAAUCUUCAAACCGAGUAUUUUUUCAGACGCCUGUGUUUGACCUUGAAGAUGAAACCUCCAGCAGAAGAAAGGAUCAUCAGUAAGGUGAUUAAACCCAUUGUCAUAAGUUUUACAUUUUUAAAAAGUAAGUUAAACUGGAGCUGCUGUAUAAAGACCCACCAGGUCAUUCUAGGGCUAAAAUGGCAGGAUUCAUAUUGGUCGCAGUAAGAUUUGUUUUUUUGCAUCAUGUUUUAGUUAAGCUACUGUAGCUCCUGGUUAGACAGUAACUCGCCCUAACAUCUCCCUAGAUCUGUAUGAUAAAAGUACCUUAGCUUCUCAAGAAAACCUGUACAGUGGCCUAAUGUUUUAACCCUAACUGAUUUACUAACACAGAUAAAGCAUCGAUGUGGAACUCCUUAGAAGUCCAAAUGCUGUCACAUUAAGCAGGGAUCAUUCAUCUUCCAUAGGCGGCUUUCUUCAGGCACUCCGUCAUAUUUGUUACAAAUUAGUGUUAAACACUGUAUUUCAGAGAACGCUCUGCCUCCUACCUCUUAGUCAUGGUUUCAGACCACACUGGUGCAGCAGCGCAGCACUCAUUCAAAGCAUGCAUCUAAAAGUCAUGAUCAUAAAAUGCAUUCCUUUGCAUUCAUUUGAUUCCCAGAAAAAAGCUCUGGUAAGAAUUCGGUCACAUCAUCAAUAAGGACUUGAAAGUUGUGUUACGAAAGGCCCAAUUACUUCAUUGAAUUUAGAGCAUGAGUGCACGUUUCAUCAAAAAUUGAUAAAUUGUGAAAAAAAACUUUGACUUUGACAGCUGUAGCAUAAUGCUCCACUGGAGAAUACUGUAUGUGGAUUCUGAGUGGCCUGUGAGAACGUGCAACCGUCCAGUAAAGCUUGCUACCUGUCAGUUAGCAGGGUUAGGAGCUCUUAGAGGCUGGAACGGUACCACAGUCUAGAGAUCAGAAGGACUAAAGGAAACAGACAGGAAGGUAGAGGGGGAUGUAAAAAUGUUCAGAGAACUGUUGUGAUGAGCUGCAGCUGUUCUCUGCUUGUCAGGACCUUAUUGUUGAUUGCAGGGGCAGUCUCAGCAUUUAUGCAAAUAUAUUUAAAGAAGUCUUUGUUUAGUGUGUCAGCGCCACGAAUCUCUGCAAACAGUUCUGGAAACUUUUUUUUAAAUCCCCGCAAGAAACAAACUCAUUUCAGUUUAACAGUUUCACCGCGCGGUGUGGAAUCUGCAUACAUAGCAUGUAGUUUAGGGCAGACUGUCCCAGCUCAGACUGUCUCUGUCCCGCCAUAGGUUCCCUGUUCUUCUGUCCGUCUAAUCAACGCGCACCACAGUCACACCUUCAUGAGUUAUCCUCUGACGUGGGAGCCCUGCAGUCACCCUGACAUGAGUUUUCAGGUCAUUUGUGACCUUCAGAGACGGACAGACGGACACACAGUGCUUCUUCUCUUGCUCAUGUGGCACUUCUUGGUCAUGUGGUUCCCCCCAGUGAAGAGAGGACGGGGCUAUAGAGCUUCGCCCUCUUUAGAGUCCUCCUUCUAGUCAGUGUGUCAGAAUCCUCUCUGAGAGACCUGCUAACUUCCUUCACACACAAACACAAGCACAGAUAUAUCCAGGAAAGCACACACAUGCUUGUUAGCAUGCAUGCACACACACACAAACAGCACAUAUACACACAUACAGUAUGAUACACACAAACACAGUCAGCAUCUGUCAGUAAAGCAGUAUGCUGUUCAUAGAUUCAUUUCUCUGUUCUAGAAAGAAACCAACUCUUUAUUGUGUUUUGGUGGUCUAUGCUGAUAUUGUUAAAACAACGAUGAGCUGUGUUGGUGUGUUCCUCCUAUCAUAGUCAUUGUCGGACAUUUUCAUCAUAGGCUCGCCUCAUCCUGCCUCUUUCUUGUCUGUAUCCUCUGUCUGUCUUUAUCUCCAAACUUUGACAGCAAUACAGCGACUAUGGUUGGCAAUGUCUGCUACACAUGCAUACAGAUUUCAUAGACAGAGGCUGAGAGUGACCACGGAAGUUGACAGGUAGUUAAGAGGGGAGUGAAUUUACUUGCAGGAAGAUCUGUCAGUUGAGUGGAAUAAUGUUACAUCCAUGGCAAGCCUGCACUUGGCUUUAUUUGCAAUGUGUUUAAUUUACUAAAGACUGUGUCGCUGAUUGAACUCAGAGCUUUUACCAAGCAGCUAAAGGUGACCACCAGUCACAGUAGUUUGUAGUGUCUCAUGUAUUUCAUCCUCUAUGGGUGGCACCAGCUAUGUGCAAGUUUGAUUGAAGCCUAGUUUGAACUGAGUGGAGCGAUGCCCAUGAGCUAGAUCAGUCACCUAACGUUUAUCAAAGUCAAAUCACCUGAUGGCACCUGUUUAAGCUGCAAGAUGUCCGGUAUAUUCAGUACUCCGCUCUCACUUUCCACCUGUAGGCUCCAGAGAUUUCAUCGCACCUCAAAUUCUGCAUGUAAAUAAAUCCGCAAGUGUUGAAGUCGGUGCCUGACGUCAAACGUGUUAUGCUGCUGUAAUAAACGCUUGAACAGUUGAGUUGACUGAUCGGAGUUCUAAUUUAAGACGGAGUAUACGUGCUACUAACAGUUAGGGGAUUACAGAAAUGUGGUCCAGUUCUGGUCAAACUGCAACUAUACUAUAGCUAAAUCCAAGAUAAUCACAUCUGAUCCCUGCCCAUAGCUACCGCCUUGUUCUCCUUAGACAAUGCUGAUUGGUCUAAACCGUUCUGGUGGGGCUCAAACGUUGUGGAUCGGAGCUUUUCAAGUGUGAUGGCAGAGGUGGAGUCUGGCAUGGUUAGGUUAUCUGGGUGGUUGUUUUGAAAGGUGGAUUAACUCAGAGGACGAGGGUUUCAACGGCUGGUGAUAGAUUACAUCCCUCAGAGAUGUAUGAUGACUCUCUUGGGACUCCGGCAGAGUUUCAACAACAAAGUUCCUCUAAAUAACCUCACAGUGUCGAUGAUUUCACCUUACGCUGGCUGUAGAUUUAGAGCGUCAGCUUUAGUUAUCACCUAAUCACGCUCUGACAUAUUCUGCAGACACUUUUAGUUGUUGAUAAACCGCAGUUAAUAGUCAGGCGUUAUUCUGCUGUGAGACAAUCUGGUGAGAGAAGGAGCACUUUAACAAACACUGCAUUAAAAUGCUUUUCACUGGCUGGUCAAAUAAAGUAAAAACACCAAAUUCAGAAUCAAGGUUUUGGUAAGUUUGGAUGCUACGUAGCACCGGUUGAAGUGAUCAUGUGUUCUCGUGGUGUAGCCAUACAAUGACAGAAAUGAAGCUACAGCAUAAAGGUAGUUAAGAGUGGACUUAAUACCAUAAAUAAGACAGAACUUACACAGAGCUGGUGCCACUUUAAUGUAAAUAGCUUCAAGCAAAAGCAUCAUAAAAGCAUUUUCCCUCAUUUUUGUUAAGUAUUUUCAUGUUAUCUGUUUUGUAUAGACCAUAACUUGCUAUAUAAAGUCAUCAAAUCUCUUAAUGGUCAAAAUGUAUUAAAAACAAUGAUGGAGUUACUUCACUGGAAUGCAUGAACUGCCUAGCCAGGAAAUGCCAUGAAUGCAGCAAUACUUCAGCAAGGCAGAAGAAACGACGGCGUCCAGACGCUGCGGGCGUGAUCCUUCAGUGGUGCUUGAAGUCGUCCUUCUAGAAACGAUUUGUACUUGUAAAGACGUAAAAACCCAAAUUUUAGGAGAUAAAAGUGAGAAAUGUUUAAAGAACACUGAAACUCUGAAGCAAUGGUUCAUUACAGGAACGUCAUGGGAAUUUUUCAGUUAGUUUUCACGGCUGUUCAACAUUUUCGACAAUAACAGAUAAAGAUUAUGUUUUCAGCGUGUUGUAUUCAUUAAGAGCGUCAGCGUAGUCCAUAUUAGAUCCUAUUUAAACAAUGCUGUGAUGUGACUUGAUUAACAUACCAAAAGCUUUGUCACUCCAGUAGAAUAAGUAGUCAGUAUAAUGGAGAAGGUCAUAUCUACUCACUGUACUUCUAUGCAUUUUGCAUUACUGGGAAGGAAUCUGCUGAAACUAUGAAGGAUUCGUGACGUGUUUGUGGCUUGUUGCCGUAGUUGUCAGAUGUGUGAAGUGUUACUACUGCAUCCAUCCUGUAGAGAGCGCUGCUUAGCCUCUGGAACACUGAUAGUCUGGCUCUGAGACUUCACAAAGGCUUACUGAGAAACACCACCAUUACAGAAGCCUCAGUAGAGUAACAUACUGUUGUCAUUUAUACAAGCUUUGAUGGCCGUAUUAUAUUAUUGUGUCUGGAAUAGUAAAUACUAUCAGAAUCAUAUGGGUUGUGUACAGUUCCCCUUAAAAGUCUUGUGCACUUUGAACACAGUCUCGUUGAUUUCUCGACACACUGAAGUGGUUUAAAGUUGCUUUACUGUAUAUUGGUAAACAUUGUCAACUGUGUACUGUACAUGUGUGCUUUUGGGAGCAAAGCAGUCUUGGUAGCUAGAUAGAGUCAUGAUAAUCAAAGAGACCAUGAUCAAUAGAAACUAGACGACUAAAAGCACCACAUAAGAAUAUUCGUAUUUCCCCGAACCAUUCCCAUGAGAGCUGCCUAACAGUGAACAUGUGUGGAUCAUAUGUGAACAUGAUAAUGUGAAUCUUUCUUCAGGAAUAGAAGAACAAAGGAAUGAAAGCACUUUGAAAAUUGUAGACGCUUGUUUGUACCAGUAGGAACCAGUAGUAGUCGUCAUGUUUGUUGGAAGCUCAGCGUGUUACCACGUGAAGGGAUGACACAUCAGUAUUCCCUCUUUCUUGGUCUGCUUAAAGGAUUUUAGUGGAACUUUGUUCAUCGCUGUUGUUUUAUUGGCUAUGAUGGUUUAACACUCAACUCUCCAGUCUGCCCUUAUGUUGUUCCUGUCAACAUUCGCUGGUUUUUACUGUCUGACCGGGCUUCAGAGUCACACUCUGACACUGGUGAGAGGUCAUAGGAACAGAUCAAGUAUGAACUGACUUAUUUGGUACAUCUAGUAUCAAACCUGCAGAAUUUUUAAUGUUGCAUGCUAAUAUUAGAGGAAAAGCAUACUGUAAAACCCAUCACAACUUUUUUUAUCAUUUUGCAUGUGGAAAACUGUGACAGCAAGAAAGCAUUUCAUGCAAAGAAGUGGCUGGUGUUAGUCAGACAGCUAACAGGUGUUUGGAAAGGGAUGUUGCUUAUGAGGGCUGCACAGCGGUGCAGGGGUUAGAGUCCCCAUGCAUGCAUGGCCUCUCUCCAGGUACUCCACCACCAAAGCUAUGCUUGCUGGCUUAAUUUGUGGCUCUUAAUUGGCCGUAGGUGUAAGUAUGUCUCUGUAUGUCAGUCUGUGAUGGACUGGUGACCAGCCCAGGGUAUAGCCCCCAUUCAGGCUCGUGGUGGGCUGGAGCCUAUCCCAGCUUAUUCAUAUGUAGUUAGUCAUUUGUGCAACAUUAAAUCAGUCUGUGGUUUGAUGCCUCAGUAGUCAGUGUUAACCAGUAUGGUUGUUGGUGGAUUGAAGCUAAUGUUGAGCUCUGCAGCCCAGUUAAAAGGUAAUAACCAGCCUAACUCUGAUGUUCGCUCAUGACUGUUUAACCCCCAUUAUAGCGCUUGAAUACAACCCUUCCACUAGUACCUCACCAUCCCUUGUAUAUAGUUUCCACCAUGUUUUUAUCACUCCAGAAGUAUCUGAAAUAAAUAAAAAUCCAACAAAAAGACAAAAAAAAAAUCUUACUUCUCAACAGGGUGUCGUGGAUGUUGACAGACGAGCUUUCACGUUCAUAAACCUGUUACAGUUAAGAUUAACAGCGGUGUUAUUAUAAGAUUGAGUAAAAGAAAGGAAAAGUGUACUUUUUCUUUUUCAGUCUGCCUUUUUUCCUCCAAGAAAAGGGCUUCUGAAGUUUCAAGAAUGUUUUUAAAUUGUAUUAAAGAUGCAAGAUUAUGAAUACAUGUAUGAGGUCUGUCUCUGUUCUGUUUUGGAAGAUAGAUCACAUAUGGAAACACUCUUUACCAGAUUCAAAGGGACGGGCAGGAAGGGGGAGACAGUGUGUGUCAUGUUUAGUGUGAAACCAGGAAUCACAGGAGACCAAACAAGCUUCGGAAACUGUUGGAAUAACAUACGGGAAUAAUCAGAUCGGCUUCCACGUUGGUUUGAAAUGCACAAAUGUUCCACCAGGCACACACUGGUCAGCCCUUUCUCCCGCCUACCACCACUCCCCUGUUAAACUAACCGGACUUAGUCUUGGCAUGUGGUAGAAAAUAAUGUUCUGUAUUAGACAGCUCCUAUAGACACCUCGACAUAUCUACCAACACAGGACUGAAUAAGAGAAGUCUGGACCAAAUUAUCCUGUCAUUAACAACAGCUAAAGUGGAAAAAUCUGUUAAAAUGUGCCGUCUAACAGCAUUUACUAAUGAAUGAAUGCUGAGUUCAAACAGGCAUGAAGUCUGCACUGAAGACAGCCAAUUCUGUGGAUCAUAAAUGAUAGAAAUGGACCCCAGACCCUGAUGGUGUGUUGGUAGAUAUGCACCAGGAGCCCCUAGCUAUGUCUCCCACCUACAGAGGCCUGAAAAAUCACAGCACUGAAAAGUAGUCUGUCGCUCUUCUGUUCCUGUCUGCCUGUUUAUCUAUCAGAUAGUCUAGAGACCAUCUCUAGGACUCUGCUUCUCUUUCAGUGGUUAAUAUUUCAGUGCUUUCUUUAUUAGGCAAGCUUUGAUUAAAAACGAAACCUUUUCGCUGUCCUUCAGUCUUGUGAUUUCAAAUCAAUAGCGAACAAGAAAGCGAUGUCUGCUUUUCAGUACUGUGGUCCUACUGUAGAGUGUGCUGUAUUCUGUUGUAGGGCACUACACCAUAGCAAGAGCAUGCAGAUGACAACAAACAAACUGCUGGUUGUUAGAGGCAUCUGUCCUAUUAGAUAGAGCUCAUCUCCCCCUUUAAUUCUGAAUAUUUGGUAUGAAAGAGAUGUUCAUUGUGAUUAAUUGUUAACCAGUGAUGUGAAUAUUAAUCAUGAAA